GUUGCAAACCAACCCGCUUUGCCCCCUCUUGCCAUUGUCGGAUCGUUGAGCCUACUUUUAAAGACCCACGUAGAGGUUCAGAUGUCCAAUCGAUUCUGAGAUCUCUCUAUCUCUCUCUCUUCCUCGGCUUCAAUUCUCGGUUCCAUUCGUUUCUCAGGUGCCCCCCCUUUGGUCGAAGCUACCACGUCGAACAAGUCUCGGAAAAUGGAGAAAGGCAAAGAAAGUUGUUCUACUCAGCUCAUAGAUGGUGAUGGAAAUUUCAACAUUACUGGAAUUGAGAAUUUUAUGAAGGAGGUGAAAUUGGCUGAGUGUGGCCUUUCCUAUGCUGUAGUUUCCAUCAUGGGCCCACAAAGUAGUGGGAAGAGUACUCUGCUAAAUAACCUGUUUGGGACCAACUUUAGGGAGAUGGACGCUUUUAAGGGCAGGUCUCAAACAACCAAGGGUAUUUGGAUGGCACAUUGUGCUGGUAUUGAUCCUUGCACUCUUGUAAUGGAUUUGGAGGGUACUGAUGGGAGAGAACGAGGAGAAGAUGAUACUGCAUUUGAAAAGCAGAGUGCCCUGUUUGCCCUUGCUGUUUCAGAUAUAGUGCUAAUUAAUAUGUGGUGCCAUGACAUUGGCCGGGAGCAGGCUGCAAAUAAACCUCUUUUGAAAACUGUUUUCCAGGUCAUGAUGCGAUUAUUUAGCCCACGUAAAACAACUUUGAUGUUUGUAAUUCGUGAUAAAACAAGGACUCCCUUGGAAAACUUGGAACCUGUUCUGAGGGAAGACAUUCAGAAGAUUUGGGAUUCUGUCCCUAAGCCACAAGCUCACAAGGAAACUCCCUUGAGUGAAUUUUUUAAUGUUGAGGUUGUGGCUCUUUCUAGUUAUGAGGAGAAGGAAGAACAAUUCAGAGAGCAGGUGGCUAGUUUAAGACAGCGAUUUUUCCACUCUAUAGCACCUGGUGGGCUUGCUGGAGAUAGGCGUGGUGUAGUUCCCGCUUCAGGGUUUGCUUUUAGUUCACAACAGAUAUGGAAAGUUAUUAAGGAGAACAAGGACCUCGACCUUCCGGCCCACAAGGUUAUGGUGGCGACUGUACGAUGUGAAGAAAUUGCCAAUGAAAAGGUUGCUUCUUUUGUCACAAAUGAGGAGUGGUGUCACUUGGAGGAGACUGUACAAACUCAACCAGUAUCGGGCUUUGGGCAGAAGCUUAGUUCAAUUCUUGGCACUUGUCUGUCAGAGUAUGAUAUAGAAGCAACAUAUUUUGAUGAAGGUGUUAGAUCUGCAAAGCGGAAGCAGUUGGAAGAGAAAUUGCUGCAACUUGUCCAACCGGCCUACCAAUCCAUGUUGGGACACAUACGGUCAGGAACUCUGGAUAAAUUCAAGGAGGCAUUUGAUAAAGCUUUAAAUGAAGGGGAAGGGUUUUCUAUUGCUGCUCGUGAUUAUACCAAAUCUUUCAUGACUCAGUUUGAUGAAGCAUCUGCAGAUGCCAGCAUCCAACAAGCAAACUGGGACCCAUCUAAAGUGAGGGAGAAACUUCGGCGUGAUAUAGAUGCUCAUGUUGUUGCAGUUCGUGAUGCCAAGCUGUCUGAAUUUACUACCUUCUACAAGAAAAAAUUGAAUGAGGCAUUAUCUGGACCUGUGGAAGCUCUUUUAGAUGAAGCUGGUAAUGAUACCUGGCCAGCAAUAAAGAAGCUUCUUCUCCGUGAGACUAAAUCAGCAGUCUCUGGGUUUUCUGUUGCAAUUUCUUCUUUUGACAUGGAUGAACAAACCAAGGAUGAGAUGCUUGCAAAUUUGGAGAAUUAUGCAAGAGAAGUGGUUGAAUAUAAAGCAAAAGAAGAAGCUGGGAGAGUUCUGAUCCGCAUGAAGGAUAGGUUUUCAACAUUGUUUAGCCAUGAUUCUGAUUCAAUGCCUCGUGUUUGGACUGGGAAUGAAGAUAUUCGAGCUAUUACUAAAACGGCUAGAUCUGCAUCUCUCAAGCUGCUUUCUGUUAUGGCUGCAAUCCGUUUGGAUGAUGAUGUGGAUAAUAUUGAGCAGACACUUGCUGUUGCUUUGGUAGACACCAAAAGUGGUGCUGCCAACAAGAGUAUCACAUCAGAUGAUCCUUUGGCCUCAAGCACUUGGGAAGAGGUUCCAUCACAGAAGACAUUGAUCACACCUGUCCAGUGCAAAUCUUUGUGGAGGCAAUUCAAGACUGAGACAGAAUACACAGUUACUCAAGCUAUUGCUGCUCAGGAAGCCAACAAGCGCAACAAUAACUGGCUGCCACCUCCAUGGGCAAUUGUUGCCCUGUUGGUCCUUGGGUUCAAUGAAUUUAUGACACUUUUGAGGAACCCUUUGUAUCUAGGCGUAAUUUUUGUUGGUUUUCUGCUUGUCAAAGCAUUGUGGGUGCAGCUAGACAUAUCUGGUGAAUUCCGGAAUGGCAUGCUUCCCGGACUUCUCUCCUUGUCUUCCAAGUUUGUCCCUACUGUUAUGAACCUUCUUAGAAGACUAGCUGAAGAGGGACAAAAAGCUGCAACUACUGAACCGCAGAGGAACCAUCCACUAACAUCAAAGAGCUUUCAGAGUGGAGUAAAUAGUAAUGGUGAAUUGUCUUCCAGUGCUUCGUCUGAGGUAAUCUCAUCGGAGAAUGGGACCGAAUACUCAAGUCCCUCAAUACGCGAAAAAGUACAGUAAACCAUUUGUUCAAAGACCAAUUCUCUUAAUGUUUGAUGAGGCUGGGGAUGCUGCUUUGUGCUUCCUUCAGCGUGGGAUGGUUCUAGCAUCAUAUAUUUCAUCCAACUAAUAGUGAGCUUUGUGAGGAUCAACAUUUUAUAGGAAAUUGACUUUUUGUUCAGGUGUCGGGCACUGGGGUUGCUGUUGUGAAAACCCCACGCCAUAGGUUCUUCUUAGUUUUUAGUUUUGUGAGGACUGGUUGAUUUCUUGCCUGUGGGAAGGGCAACAAGUUUCAUCGACCGACGCUAUGGUGGGUUCUUCGUCUUCUUCUUUUCUUCUUUCUUGGGGGGGGGGGGGGGGGGGGGGGUUCUUUUCCUUUUUGGAUUUGUCGGCGAUUUUGUAUUACAAGAAGCAUCAAAGUCCUUUGUAUUUAAAGGAUAUAAUUAUUUGGAAUUAGUAAGCCUAUUUGCACUUGAAAA